UCAACCUCCGCCUCUUUCGAUCUCUGUCAACCCAUUCCAAAAUUCCAACGUUCAGGGAGGCGAUUCCGUAGCUCUUCGACUCAAUUGCGGAGAGCCUUUCUCAACCCUGGAGAUUUUGUUCCGCUUCGGCUCAAUCGGGACAAAAGCUUCCCAACCCGCGGCGAGCUAGUGAACCUCAUCGGAAGUCUAGCGCUCAUCUGAACAGCUUGCAUGGCCCGGUCUAGUGGGUGUUUUCGCCGGACGAAGCGUGGAAGGGGUGGCCAUCAAUUGUCGCCUUUGACCCCUCCGGCAGUCUCCCGAGCGUUCAAACGACGGACCCGUCGCCGGAGUUCCGUGGUCCGUCCGAACCAGGCUGCGUCGGGGGUAGCGGCCAGGGUGUCGGCACGAAAUAGGGUGGCGCGGCGAUUGGGGCAGAAAGGCAAUAAUGACCAGCACCCAGUCUACCUAAGUGACGGGGAAAGCGGGGAGGAUGACGUUUUCCAGACCCCGCCGUUGGUGUUGGGUGACGAUGUGGAGAUGGAAGCACCGCGUGUGCAGCGUUCAACUGCAGGCCAGAUUAACACACGGGGGUCGCCGAAGUACCUUGCAGACCUUGUGGCAUCCCUAACCCCGAGGCAAAGGGAGGAUGUUAUAGCAGUUGGCCUUGGUGCGUUGCUAGAGUUUAGGAUUACUGAGGUCCCGUUGCGGUUGGGGCAUUGGCUGGUCACUAAUUUUGACCCGAGUGAGAUGCGGAUUGACUUGGGGAAUGGCCGGUACAUUCCCGUCACUAAGGAGGAUGUCUCCGCCGUGUUUGGCCUACCGCGUGGGCCAAUACCUAUUGCUGAACGGGAUAGCCAGGUGGUUAGCAAAGAGUUGCGGGACUGGCGGGACGCGGUGAAGCAACAUAGGGGGAGGGUUACAGUUAAGGCGUUAUGUGCGCUGAUGCGGGAAUUGAUCGAUGGUGGUUCGUGGUUCAAAAUUCAUUUUAGUGUUGUGGUGAUGACCCUCCUUGUUGCGAGCACACCAAAUGGAUAUGCGAACCAAAAAACUGUUCACGUCUUGAGUAGUGUGGAUACGAUUCAGGACCUCGACUGGUGUGGGUACUUGCUUCGCUCGUUGGUUACUACCCAUCAAAGUUGGACUGAGGCGUCCUCUCGCAUAUUCACUGGCCCACUCCUAUUCCUAGCUCUCUUGUAUUUAGACAGGGUCGUGGUGGGGGUGCGGGAGGUCCCAAGGGCAAUCCCGGUGGUGGGGGGAUGGACCACGGAUUUCAUCAAGGCACGCGUGCAGAAUGAGCUUGACUCUGGGGGUUUUGGAAGGGGUCUGAUUGAUGUUUCUUUGUUUGCAUUCCAGUCCAGUGCAUCGUUGCAUGGUCACGCUGAGAACGUGGGGUUUAAGCAGGAGAUCGCAGUGAUCAGUGCUGAGUUGCGUUCGUUGACCACACGUGUUGGUGACUUGGUUUCUAAGCACCCGGAUGAAGUGCAGGGGGAUUGCAAUUUCCAGAGGGUGGUGGAUUCAAUCAAACAGCUGGGGGAUAUUGUAAAGUUGCCACCCAAGGUAACUGAGCCAGCUCCUCACCAGCCCGCCCCGUCGCCUUGUCGUGGUGAAGGACCGUUAAUCUAUGACGCAGACUUUAUGAGAGAGUUGGACCAGGCUGAGUUGGCUGCAACCGGGGCCGUUGGUGUGUCCGAUGUGGCCCAACAGCCGGCCACCAUUGCACCACCUCCACAGGUGCAGGAACCUAUCACCGCAACUGUUGUAUCGCAUCCUGCGGUAGACCGAACAGUUCCUGAGGCAUCCGGGACUUAUGGUGUGUUCGAUGUGCCAAGUUUUAGCUUGGGGUUGACGCAAGAUUGUGCGACACACAACCAGACGAGCAACACGAGUCAACAGCCGGUCACCACUGCACCACCUCCACAGGCACCUAUCAUCGCGAGUGGUGCAUCGCAUACUGUGGCAGAGCGCACAGUUUCGGGGGCAGCAGCUCAGCACCACGUGCAGGUGCCACUGGUUCAGCAGGACCGGUCGUCGGGGAUUUACGUUAGCACCACGUUAGGCUACCCAUUUCCUCUGCUGCCGCACGUGUAUGUUCUGUGGUUGUGGGUAUUUAGGGGCCCGCAGGGUGGAUGUGAUGAGGUGCUGUUCCAAUAUGGUGAGUGGACUGUAAAGUGGGCACAAUUCCAAACCCUAAAGGAGGGGUCGAAUUUGUCCAGGACUAUUGUUGAUGCCUGGUGCUAUGUCAUGAAUGCCCGGGAGAAGGUGCGCACAACUGGCGAUGUGACUCGGCUGUUUCUACCCACUAGCACAACGAUUGGGACCGUUGAUUCAACGUCAGCCAGUGAAGAUUUGAGGAUCGCUUGGUUUGCAAGGCGCAUGGAGGUGGAGUUGGGGAGGAUGGGCCGUAGGCAGAUCGACGAUGUGGAUUUGUUUGUUUUUCCAAUUUUCAACAAGGGCACCUAUUACAUGAUGGCUAUCAAUUUCAAGCAUCCACGAUUUGACAUCAUUGACAGUUCGUCUGCGAAGAAAACUAACAAAGACAUGUAUGGGAAGGCUCCGGAGGACCUGAUCAUGUGCUUGGGAGCGUACCUGGACUCUAAGCAGCAGGGACUUCGCAGUGCACGCCUCCAAAUGAUGAAACCAAAGAGGUUGCAGAUGUCGUGGAGGGAUACCACGUCAACGUCGGAGUCGGGGGUCUUCACGAUGCGGCACAUGGAGUCAUACGCCGGGCAGGGGUGUGCGAGCUGGGAUUGUGGCCUGGUGCGGGGGGAUGCUAUGCAACUACUGAACUUACGGAAGCGCUACAUGCAUAAUAUCUUGCUCAGUGUGGUAAACACUCAUACAAACAAGAUUGCAGCACGCGUCGCGGGGUUUGAAGGUAAAAGGUUGGCAAAGUUGCGUCGGUGAUCAUACCGGGGGGCUGGCGUAAAUACAUUUUGUCUAGUAGGGUCACCUCCAAUCUGGGUGGGGUUUUCCUUUUUUUGUGUACAGCAGGUAUUUAGUAUUGCAGUCUGGGAUUUUUUGAUUAAAUUCUCGUAGUCGGUGGUAGACAUUGGAUACUUAGCCUAGUAGUACGGUGGGGGUAGUGCAUCAGUGAUAAUUAUUUUUUUGCUAGAAUUUUGUUCGGAAACACGGUGGUUUUGCCAGUAAUAUAUUUCAUAUCUCUAUA